AUGGCAGGGUAUUUCUCAGUAGAGGAGCUGUGUUCAAUAAUCGAGAACGACCUCACAAUUAAAACCCAGCUGUGAACUCACCCCAGGAGAACUGUAACAUCCUGAUAACUGGUGGCACUUUGGGUUUCUGGAGGUGCAGCUUUACCCUGAAAAGGGGUUAAUCUACAGAUAAAACAGUCGCUUUCGAGAGGCGCUGCUGGCACUGGCCGUGGUGAAGAGCCCUCGAUCAGGAAAGGGAAAAAAAAAAAGGAACAAAAACGCGAAACCAGGAGGAGAAGAUGGAGGAAGGAGAGGAAGAUGACAUGACAUGUGGAGACUUGGGAAACGGCCUCGGGAGAAGACCUGGAGGUGUUUAUGAAGAGGAAAACUUACAAAAUCCCUAUUCAGUUAGAUCCAGGAAAGGAUCUCGAAAGGCUUGUAAUUCCCUUUUGUCAGCAAAGGGAACGGAAGAAAGUGAUGCUGCAGCUCUUCCUGGUCUAAAAGGAAAUACCUUUUACGAUGGAUCACUCAGAAAACCUGCUGCAAGUUCCACGCGGCAGAACAGCUGUGAUAUUGUAGUAUCUCAUCAUUCAGUAUGUCCUAUUAAUCCUACAGAAUCGAAUACUGAAAUGUCAAAUGAAGAACUAAAGCAACGACUUCAGGAAGCUCUAGAGGAAGCUGAAAUUUUGAGAGUUGAGCUUGAAGCGUGUCAAAGGCAGCUUGAAGGGAAAGAUGAAGCCCUAAGAAUCCUGCAGAGCAUGGCAGUAUUUAAUAAAGCCACUAGUCAUACAAAAGCAAUGCUUCAAAAAACUGAGGAAGAAAAGAGGACUUUAGAGAAGGAAAUAAACAUUUUGCAAUGGGAAAUUGAAUUUGAUCAGGAUAGAUUUAAAAACAUAGAAGACACGUGGACAGAAAAAUAUGACAGGAUAUACUGUGAGAAUGCAGCUUUUAAGGAAGCACUGAAACUGAGGACAGAAGAAAUUAAAACACUCAAAGCUGAAAAUGCAAUCCUGAAUCAGCAGUGCUUGGAAUUCCUUGCAAUGCUCAAUGUGAAACAACAGAAAGUUGUUCAGGAGAACAUGUCGCUGAAUAAAAGAGGCAUCACUGAUUUGACAGGUCUUGAGCUGGCAGUUCUCGGGGCCUGCACCUGCAGCACGUCCGAGGGGCAGCCGUGCCCCUGUGCCAAGGUGGCAGCUCUCACCAGGAAGCAGCUCCUUCAUCUCAAGGAAGAGACUGAAAAUCUGAAGAAGAGUAAGGAUGAAGCGUUCCUCGUGGCAGAUGCCUUCAGAAUUGCCUUUGAGCAGCAGCUGAUGCAGAGGAAGGACCAGGCCCUGAGACUUGCAGAAGGGAUAAAGAUGAAGAAGGAAACUAAAUUUGCAAACUGGAGGCGUCUGAGGGGCACUGAGCGUCUCAAGUUACAAGCCGACAAGAACAACCUGGGUCAAAAGCUGUCCAGCCUGCUCUCCUCGGGUGGGGACUGCAGGAGGGUCGAGGAGCUGGACAACCCCCAGGAGAUCCUGCAGAUGCUGAUAGAUCUGGUGAACGACAAGGAGGAGGCCCUGGCCCACCAGAGGAAGGUCAGCUACAUGCUGGCCCGUGCCCUGGAGGCGAAGGAGGGUGUUUUGGGACGGGGAGAAGGGACGGGACCAUCGUGCCCCGCUCACAGCUGUGGCCACAGCCCCCCUGCCCGGAGCAGCGUCCCCUCGGUCCCCAGCACGGACACUCAUGGAGAUCCUGCCAGACCCCUGCACAAGUCGCUGUCCUGGCCCUCGGGUGGUGCAGGGCGGGCAGGGGGGCCCCUCUGUAGCCACGUGCGGGACCAGAAGGACAGGAUCAGUUAGACUGGAAAAGACCUCUGAGAUCCCUGAGUCCAACCUCUGACCCAACACCACCUUGUCAACACACCAUGGCACUGAGUCCACAUCCGACCUCUUCUUAAACACCUCCAGGGGUGGGGACUCCACCACCUCUCUGGGCAGCCCAUUCCAGUGUCUGAUCACUCUCUCUUUAUAUUUUAUAUUCCACUGGUUAAUGACUCUCUCACUUCCCAUGCUAAUUGACCCUGUGCCCAGUCUUUCCCUUCCUUUCGGCUGGGGGGUUUCUGGGGUCGGUGGUCACGAUCUAUCCCUGCUGGAAUUGUCCUGUAUCCAGUGGGAGCUGAUUCAGCCCAGGUCCUGAGCUGACUUUACUAAUCCUUCCUCAUCUUGAGAGUUUUGCCAGAUAUCCUUGGGGGCCAUAAAUUCUGCAUUCCGUGUGCCUGCUGCCAGUGGAAAUCCUUCCUCCCAGGGUCUGAUACCCUCCCCCAGUGCUGAGAUCACUGAGACACAUCCAGCCCUAAACCUUAACAGGGCGAACAAGUUUCGUGUCCUCUCUUGCUCCUUGGGCUUGAAAGUUACAAAGAUCAACCACAGAACAUCCUUUCUUAGGGAAACUUUGGCACAGUCCACGUUUUGCAGCGAUCAGACAGGAUCUGGCCCCUCACCCCCAUCUCAUUCCCCAUAACCCUCUGGGCAAGGAGGUAACAGUUUCUGGCUCUGUGACGUCACAUCCACGUCACCGGGGGGCUGACGGAGCGGGAGUGACGUCACCGCACGGAGGGGCUGUGUGACGUCACGCCCCGCUGGCGGCAGGCGGGCGAGCCGGCUCUGCCCCCUACGCUGUCAAUCACACCGCCGGCUCCGCCCCCUCCCGCCAGCCCCGCCCCCUCCGUCACACCACCCGCCCCUUUCGGGCCCCGCUCACACUGCGGCCACGCCCCUCCCACCGGCCACGCCCCCUGCACUGUCAAUCACUCCGCCGGCCACGCCCACGGGCAACGCCCAUUUCCGAGGGAGGGAAAUACGAACAUGUCGAAGAAAGCUGAGACAAAGAAUUGUGCUGUUUUAAAAAAUAAAUAAUUCCGAACGCAAUCCCCUCGACUUUGAAAUUAAAUUAUCUGUUAUGAUUCCUUCAGCCCAGGUCUGAGAUCCUGGUUCCCAGAUUCAAUUUCCGAAGGGCAGUUAAGAAAGGGGGAGAUGAUUUUGUCACGCUUAGGUGCUAAGUUACUUUACACUCCGUUUCAGUUGGUGCCUUCUCAGACAGGCGUGUGUGUUACCUAUGCACUGAGAUAGUGCUUACUGGCCUAAGAGAGACGGUUUUACACAAAUCUUUCUCUCAGGCUAUUCAUCUUAUGUCCUCACCACCUCAGCAUGAUGUUUCUUGUGGGUUCUGAAUCAAAUUAUUUAGGGAGCUGAAGGUCACGCAACUGCACAUGUUAGCCCUUUAUUAUAUGUAUUUUUGGUAUUGUCUGGAAGAGGUGCCCAGACUGCAGCAGAAGAUUUCAGUGUGUUCCUGUGGCUUCUCAUGGACGUGCCAGACAUCCUUAAGGCAGCUGGUGAUGUGCAGGGCACAGCUGGCAGCAGGGUGAAGGCUGCCAGCAGAGCUCAGGGGCAGCAGACAUAUCUGGGAUACCCUCUGCACUCAGGUGGCCCCAGAGGCUGACAGCUGCCUCCCAAAACUGAACUUUGCCAGUUUUCUACAUUUUCUUGUUUAGAAAAUACUGCAUGGUCAAGACAUCUCCAGGUAAUGAGUGAAACUUAUUUUGUCACUGAACCCAUAUACUUCAGGAAUGCAAUUGUAUUUCUUUCUGACUUACGUGGGACUGGAGGAGUUACAGCAUCACAGACCAUUCCCUGCCACCAUUCUCCUCCAGUGAUGUGUCAGAAGCUUUUCAGACCAUCUGUCAGAUUACAAAAUAUUCUCUAAACCCUCAUUUGUUUAUAUUUAGUUCUACCCUGUAGCAUUUCUUGUGUUCCUAAGCCUUUUCUUUCAGUUUGCUAGUGGCAAACCAUUUCAUGUUAUUAAGUUGUAGGCCUGCAGCAAAGUAUUAAAUUAUGCAUAUGUUUACUUACAUUCUUUGUUUACAUGCCAUGUGGAGAUCAGAGAGCGAAUAGAAGUUUUUAAGAUGAUUCACUCCACUCAGAUUCCCUUUGGUGUACCAGCUGUAAUGGUUCCCAGUGAGCAGGUCUCUGCACCGAGCAUAAUGAAACUCACAGUCUCCAGGGCAACAAGUGAUUUUUGUGUGUUGGUUGAGAAAGGUUUUCUGAAAGCAAGACUUUUCAGUCUCUUUAUCCAAUAUUUAAAUGACUGUACUGAGAUUUGAUCAAGCCAAACUGGUACCAAAGCACUAGGCUGAAUUAAGACAACCACUGUUGUUCCUGUGGAGGAGAGGAUUUUUCUUCACUGGAGGGUAAGAAUCACUGCACCUGAAGUGCUAGACUGGUUAAAAGAAAUGAUCCUGUUAGGAAAACACAAGUUAAAUUAGAUCACAACACUCUUGCUGCAAUAGUAAAGCCACAGAAACCCAUCAAUAUUUAGCAGUUAUAUCAAUAACUAAUUCUUGGAAGUUGUGAGCUGGAAAUUAUUUGAUCCUAAGAUCAGGAGUCCAUUAUUUUCUCUAUAUUUUCUUCUAAAAAGGUAACUUCGUAUGAGAGAUAUCUUUGGAGACCCAAGAGGGGAAAUGCUAUAUGUGUUCAGCUGAGAUAAAACACAGAAUCUGAGGUUUAUGUUUAACCUCUUUGAUGUCUUUAACAUUCCUGUGUACUACUUUAAAAUGUGCAGUCAGGCAGGGUAUAAUUUUUUUUUCUCUACUUCUCCUGGAACUUCAAGGAUAUCUCUCCACAGCCAAUUGCUUUACAGCCUUCAACAUGUGGUAUACUUAACACAUGGAUUUAAAUUAUUUCAGGAACCACUUGCAGAUAAGUCUCCCUUUGUAUACUGACAAAGUGGGAGAGUGACCCCAGCCUUCAGCAGCAGAAACAAAGAAAGCAGAAAGGGCUUGCUGGGAAGAGAAUAAAGCUUUGCUGCAGAAGGGCCACCCGACCACUGAACUGUGCAGGAAAAAGCACCAGUUUUAGUGCUGAGUAGCAGACUUGACAAUGUAAGUUGGAGACAUGGUCAGAGAAGAACCUUCUGAAAUUCAGCAAAGCAAAUGCAGGGUCCUGCACGUGGGAAGCAAGAAGCCCAGGCAGCAGCACAGGCUGGGGGCUGACCUGCUGGACAGCAGCUCUGCAGAGAAGGACCUGGGGGUCCUGCUGGACAUCAAGCUGUCCAUGAGCCAGCAGUGUGCCUUGGUGGCCAGGAAGGCCAGUGGUGUCCUGGGGUGCGUUAGGAACAGCACUGCCAGCAGGUCACAGGAGGUGACCCUGCCCUUCCACGCAGCCCUGGCGAGGCCUCACCUGCAGUGCUGUGUCCAGUGCUGGCUGCUCUGGAUUGGAAAGACACUGAGCUCCUGAAGCAGGUCCAGCAGAGGGCUGCAAAGCUGGUCUGAAGAAUCUCAUGAAAAAAGGCUGAGUGAACUGGGCUUGUUCAGCCUCAAGAAGAGGUGACUGAGAGGGGAACCUCAUCACUAUGUAUUAAUAUCUGAAGGGUGGGUGCCGAGAGGAUGGAGCCAGGCUCUUCUCAAGUGCCAAGAAUUAGGACAAGAGGCAACAGGCAGAAAGAUGCACAGGAAGUUCUAACUGAACACGAGGAAGAAUGUCUUUUCUGUGUGGGUGACCACACACUGAACAGAUUGCCCAGAGAGGGUGUGGGGAUAUCCCCUUGCUGGGGAUGUUCCAGAACCCUCUGGACACAAUCCUGUGCCAUGUGCUGUGGGAUGGCCCUGCUGGAGCAGGGAGGUUGGACCAGAUGCCAGCAAAGAGCCAUACUCACAUGUAGUGUUUCUUUUUGUGGAUCUAAAGGGGAGGUCAGUUUUUAACAUGAGCUCAUACUGUUCUUGAACAGCCCAACCUCGCAGUGGAAUUGAGAAAGAGAAUCUGUGCACAAGCUCUAAUCUGCUUAGACCUCACAGGACAGAAAAAAUACUAGUUAUGACAUCAUACUAAUUGCUAGAUAAUUGGCACAGUAAUUAGUAUAUCAACUGUGCUAGUUAAUGGCAAUACUAUUUACUCCAGAAUGCAAUCUUCAUGUCUUUUAUUUUUUUUGUCAUUGGCAUCUUGUGAUCAAUUAAAAGAUAAUCUGUAAAUAUAGUUUGUUAAUUGAGAGCAGUCUAGGCUCCACUUGUUAGACUGAGUUUUGUCCUCUUCUCAGUGUUUCAAGUACUCCUUAAAUAGAGCAACUGCUCCAAAUAAUUGUCAUUGGUGUCCAGUUUGGCACCAAAACACAAUUGAUGUGGUGCUUAUAACAAAUCUUUUUGAAAGUAUUCAGCAAUUACUUUCAGGAUUUUUUACUUUUAGAACUUUUCUUAAGUCUGCUUUUUAAAGGUGUUCAAUAUUAACACUUCUGAAAUAUUGCCUGAAUAAGCUGUUACAAAAAUACCUCUUUUUUGUAAUAUUUUGUUUGGUGAAAGUCACAGUUAUAUUUUUACACUAAGCUUUUCAUUUUAAUGGCAAAUAAAUUUCAUUAUUGAAUCACAAGCAGGUAGCUACUUGGCUCAUGUUUAAUGUCAAAUAAAGUAAGCCUCCAAUAUUGGUGUAUAUCAGGUGUAUAUUCACUUGACAAGAACAAUUCAGUGAUUUAUUGUAAAUGGGAAGAAUUAUGAUAAUGUGCUAUGCAUUUGGACAGCCACAGGAAACAUUAUUUUUCAGAGAAUAGCUUUUCUAUCAAGAAAUAAAUACAUUUCAGGAAAAUAUGGAGAAAGAGAGAGGUUGAUUUCUGCCCUUGAUGAGAUUCUGGUUUAUUUUCUUCAGGCUAGAACAAUGCAUUCACUCUGUCACUGGAAAUGGCUGUCAUGUAUACAAGUAAAAGCAAGAGCAGCAAGAUGCUGACAACCCACAGAUCUUUAACAAAGUGCAGUUAAAUUAGAAAGCUCUGUACAGCACUUUUGCAUCAGUUAGGAAACUUGAACCAUAUUGUGUGCAAAAAACAAAAGAAAAAACACUAAGGCUCCUGUAGUGCAGCUUUUGCUUAAGCCUCCAGCUUUCCUGAUCAGAAAAAAGUAUAUCCCUUUUCUAGUAUUCACAAAGUAAUGUAUAUUUUCAUUGUAUCUAUCUGCCUGUCUAUCUAUCUAUCUAUCUAUCUGUCAAUCACCUCAGAUCUUCUCAAAGAGAACUUUCACAAACAAUGGUUUUAUCUGGAUUCAGGACACAUAGUUAAGCCUAACCAAAGUGGAGUAUUGAUUUCAGACUCAACCUUUCCUUGAUUACUGCAGAUAGACCUAAUCAGAAAGUCCUUCCGGAGUAUGGGUGGGGUGGAUGUAAUCCUCAAACAGAGGACCCUCUACUGGAUGUCGCUGUGUCAGAGAGAUUUUCUACUGUCUUCCUACCAGUCUGUUCCAAUUCUUUUGGAAAGAUGAGAUUUCUAGCUGGUUUUGAUACUUUAACCAUCUCAAUCAGACCUGCUCUGCAUAAGUUUGCAUUUCACAGGGACAAAUAAGUAUCCAAAUGUCAUACAGCUCCCAAGUCCACUGUUUGUGACCCUAUAUUUUCUGCUAAUAGGCAUUCACAAAACUAAACCAAAUCCUUCUCCUCAGGAUGAUUCUCACAGUACAUUCCCAAAUUCCCUGCCUAGCACUCCUUGUCCAGUGGGGACAGGAGGUCCCUAUGGUCCAAGGAUAACAGCAAACCCUUGGAGGAAGGGAAAUUCGGUCACAAUUUCCCCAGUUAGCAAGGAUCUGAAUACAAAUUUCCCCCUAUCAUUGAAAAUGCUCUCAAAAAUGCUAAUGAAAGUGCUGGGAGAGACUCUCCCAAUUUUUCCACUCAGUGUUUUUCCACUUUGUAUGAACAAUUAAAUGUUUGUGGGGUUUAGGUGAAGGAGAAAGUGAAUUUGCCAAGAUGUGGUUAAGGUGCUUGUUUGGAAAGCCAGGUUUGAAUUCCUAUUCUCAUGAACAUUUAAUUAUCCUUCUGAUAGCAGACAAGCCGUGGAAGCACUUCCAUUCAGUCCUCCCCCACUCCUUACGAUAGCCUCAUCAAGGAGCCUGGGCACCUGCAGACCGAGACCGUAACAAGUAGCAAGACUCAUGAAACUAAACACUGUGAAGCUAAUUAAGGUUUCAAAACCUUUCAUGGUCCCGAUUUUAACAGCCAGUAGCCUGCCUACCAUUCCUAGAGAGCUACAGGGCUGCUUCAGUGCUGGCAACCACUGGAGAUGCCUCAUGGCUGUUCCUUUUCCUAGCAGAAGCGACAGAACAACUUCCCAGUGAGGCGCAUCCUUGGCUUGCCUGGGAGGCUGCACCCAGCACCCUGGGACACUAAUCAGUGAUGAACUGCUCCAAGAGCUUAACCGUUUGCUGCCAACCUAAACAACAGAAUGAAGUAUUUAAUUCACACCUCUCAUGUAGAAAUAAAUGCUUCUAUUUAUACCCUAAGCAGAGAUCACUGAGAUUUUGUCUGCCUUGCA